AUGAUUCCUCAAGGCAUUAUGUGGAUCAGAGGGAUGACUGAGAUCCGUACGACUGCGCUGCUGUCCCUUUCUGUCCUACGCGGAAAAAUUAUGUUGUUCUCUGGAUUACAAAGACGUGACGACUUUUUGAGGCCAUCAUUUAUCAACGAUGGAGCCGCCGCGAUCGUUAACGGCGCCAUAAGCGCUGCCUGCCGCCCUGUUGACUACCUAGAUAACAAUUCUGGUGAUGACGUUACUGAAGAUGGCAGCGGGGCCCCUGGGGGCGACGGGGAGUCCUCCCCUCGUGGCCGCGGGAGGCUAGGAGAGCUCGCGGCCGCACCGACCAGUACGCGGCAACAUCACCAAGCCGACGACCACGGAGGUCGCAAACUCAUUCAAGGUCAACGUCUACUGCACAGCGGUGCUGACGACACCACCGUCGUCAUCAGCAGCAGGAAUAUCGGCAGCAGCGCCCCGGCCUCAAGCCCAGGACCCCAACGCGUCGGGUCAGACGAGGACCUAACCCGAGGUCCGGAUCGAGUCCCUGCAGCUGGCACCACCGGCGCCACCACCGGCGCUGCUGCUGGCGGUGGGACUGUCGCCACCCACACGGUGUCCUUAGUCACUAACCUGGACAGCGACCUAGGGAGGCGAACACACAGCCAUACCUUGGCGGUGGGCGGCGGCGGCGGCGGCGGGGGCGGGGGCGCCGCCGCCACCGGGCCCGGAAAUGUCGUAUCUGGAACGGUCCUGCCGUGUUCGCAGGUGGCCUUGACGAUGCAGUGUGGUACGGCUACCCUGGCCCCAGGGGCUACUCUUCUCGGAAACCUGGAAACUCCUGCCGUCAUCGCCACCAUCAAAGGCCAUGGCUUGGACCCACCAUCACCACCAUCUCCUAAGCAGCAAGAGAUGCAGCAGAAGCCGCAGGAGCUUCUAGGGACGCGGACUCGCAGCACAGUGAACGAGUCCGGCAACGCGUAUGCGACGUCACAUGAAGGGGUUGCAGCAGCCCCCGGAGGCGGCGAGCAGGGUCCCGCGGCGCCUGCUGACACGGUGUUUCGGUCGUACUUGCGUGCCGCCGACGCGGGCCCGGACACGGGUGUUGGCAGCCGUGGGUUUGUGGGAUUGCGGGUUGGGCGUAUCAGUCGUCCGCGGGAGCAGCUGGGCGGGGGCAGGUGCCUGCAGGUGCCGCAGUCGACUCAACGGCAGGAUUGGUUUGAAGGGAAAGGUGGUCAACGAUGCCAGAGUCAUGGGGCACUAGCGGGGGGGAAUUCGGAGGGUCGCGGAGGUCGUGAGUACGUCAGCAGCCGAAGUCAGGUGGACCGUGAGCAGCACAACCGUGACGCCGAGGAGCGGUGCGUGUACGACGAUCGUCGUGACGAUGGAGGUCUCGCUAAGGAUGCUCGUACAUCUGGUGACAUCCAAAGUUACGGGAGGGAGAGUGAUAAGGUUCGGGGCCGCCAUGAGUACGGCGGCGCCCCUCGUACAGAUGUUGGGCGCGAUAAUGGUAGGCGCGACUAUGGCAGAUAUGAUUAUGGCGGACAUUUGCUGAAGUGCGAACGCCCGUGUGAUUCUGUCGGCGGCCGCCGGGGGUACGUUAUCGGCCGGGUGUACGGCGGGUAUUACGACAACGGCAGUCAUCGUGAAGUGUGCCGCAGCGAUGCCGACCGCGGCCGCGGUGACGGCAACUGUACGGACGCGGGGCGACGCGAAGGUGUACGGCCUGGCGAUGGUCCUAGCCGCGAUGGCGCCGGUCCUAUCGGGAACGCGGAUCCCCACCGGCAGGAAACGGGGCCUCGAGGGUCCGUUGCGGCCGUAGUCAAGUCGGAUACAGGAAGAGGCGAACCACAGGAAGAUCAGCAGGAACGUCAGCGGAUCAAGGGUGAAGAUGCCGCCGCCGCCGCCGCUGGACUGGACAGCAGCCGCCACGGCGCUGUUGCGCGUGCCGGUGACGCAGCUGUGGCCGCCGUUAUCAGGGUAUUGCGUCCUGGACUUGGUCCAGGCCUUGAGAUUCACACCGGCUCAGGGCCGGUCCUUCCAGCUAACGCAGAGGCCGGAGCCGUCGGCGAUCGAGGGUGCGGUACAACAGGAGAAGGCAUGACGGAGCGAGCGGCGGCAUCGGCGGCGGCAGCCGGCGACCCUGCCGCGGCGCCGCCACUGUCUCAGCGGCAGCAAUCGUGCGGCCAGCAUGGCGCACUUUUGCAUGCUCAGCUAUGGGCAGUGAAGGGCGAGCUGGAAGGGGAGGAAAAGGGAGAACAGGGUGAGGGCAACAGAAGGCGGCAACGCACAGGCCGCAGUGCCAGCAGCAGCGACAAAGGAUUCGGCGGCAGCGGAAGCAACGGUGGCGUCCGCGAUGCGCAUGAGUUGUCGCUACCUUUGCAAACGGCUUCGCCGUUGCGACGGCAGCCCGGGACGUCACCGCCGCCGCCGCCGCCGCCGCUGCCGAGCUCACGAUCAUUAUCUCGCGCGCCGCGGCAUGGCUGUAUGCCGUACUCCGGCAAGGCCUGCCAAACGCAUGAUGAUGUCUAUGGGGUGGCAGAACGGGAACAGGAGGGUCGUGGAGUAAGUCAGCGGUUCAACCCCCGCGAGCAGCAGCCGGAGCAACUUAACGGCGGCGGCGACCGCGGUGACCAAUUGGAAAGGCUGCUCGCUACCCCGAAAGCAUCCCAAGAGUACGGCCUGUUUUCGGAACGGCAUGGUGGCAACGGAGAUGGCAACGUUGGUUCCGUAGCAGAGCGGCAGGGCGACAUCGCUGACGCCGCCGUCGGCGCCGCCGCUGCAACCGCCACAACCACUGACUACCCGGAACCGAGAGACCUGGCUGCCCGUCCGAGUAAUGAACGAGAUUGCGAGUGUGGCCACGAUUAUGAAUGGGAUCCGGAAUCGAGGCGGGCUACGGAUCGAGAUCGAGAUCGAGGAUUGGAUCGAGAUCCGGAGCGAGAUCCGGGUCGGGAAGCGUACCUGCAGCGGGAGAUGGAGUUGCUGCGGAAGCGGCAUUUGGAAUGGCAGUUGCAGCAAAAGCGGAAGCGGGAUCAGCUGGAGUGGGAGCGGGACAGAGAGCGGGAGAGGGAGCGGGAGAGAGAGCGGGACAGAGACCGGGAGCGCCCUCCACAUCGUAAUCGGGACCGGCAUCGUCGAGCUACGUCACACGGAGAUGUGCCGCUGGUUCCCGAACAAGUUGCUCGUCCUGAGCGCUGCCACCCGGAACACCACCCAGGGUCAGCCCGACGCGAGCGACGCGGUCUCGAUCGAGACGACCGCAGCAGGGAACGGAGAUGCGAUCAACAACAGGUCUGGGAAUUGAACAGGGAUCGGGACCGGGACCGGGGCCCACCCCCGGACAGGGGCGUGGACAGUUGCAGUUUCUAUGUGGGAAGUCCGGACCGAGGCCGACACCACCAAGGACAAGAAUGGAACCCGGAGCACGACCGUGGAAAGGAGAGGGAGGGGGAGAGGGAGAGGGAGAGGGAGAGGGGGAGGGAGGGAGAAGGAGUGCUGGGCCAAGAGUUGGACAGGUGCCGACGCGGCCAGGACUCCGCCCCUGCAAUCGGGUUCCGAGCUAAGUGGCCCGCGCGGAUUUUUUCACGGCAAUCGGAACUUGUGCAGGAGGGAGAGCGUCGCCGGAUGCCGGCGGGUUCCCUUGAGCAUGCGGGCGCCGCCGGGCAGCGACGUGGCCAGGCCGCGCCUCGGGGUAUCGCCGCGGCGCGGCCGCAGCAGCAACGUGGCGAGUGCGCGCAGCAGAGCUCGCAUUCGCACUUAGCACAGCCAACUGAGCGCGACGUGAUGGAGCCGCCGCCAGGACCGCCGCCGCCGUCACCGUCACCGCUUCAUCCACUAAUGGGAGGUGGUAUGCACCUAUAUGCCCACGUCCAGCUUGAAAGGCACGACGAAGGGCUAUCCUGUGAACGACGCGAACAUGAGCCAGGGCCAGAGCUAGUGGCCGACCGAGAGCAGGGUCGGAAGCGGCAGCGGCGGGAGGACGCACCCAUGCCGACGCCUGCUGCUUCGUUUGCUCUUGAGCCCGCUGCUACUCCUGGAGAGCAGAUCACGUCUGUGGGAUCGCCAUUGCAAUCAUCUGAGGGGGUGCUACUGGCGCUCCCAUCGCAGCAGCCCCUGCAGCUACCGGGCCAGCAGCAGAUAGGGGUGCUGCAGCUACCGGGCCAGCAGCAGGAUAGACUUGGGACACGUAAUCAAGGACAAGUGCGGGCUGCUGCCACACGACAGGUUACCACGGGUUAUAUGGGGGCUGAAGGGGAGGUGACAGGGCAGGAGCAAGGAAAGUAUGGACAGGGGCUACGGUGCAGAGAGGAUGAGGAGGGAGAGGGGGAGGGGGAGGAGGGUGAGAACAAGGGAGCGGAAGAGGAGGAGGAAGAGGAGGAGGAGGAAGAGGAGGAGGAGGAGGGACAAGGGCCUUCCGGCGGCGACACAGGCGCGAGGAGGUUGGGAGAUGGAUCGAGGAGUGGCGGAGACAUUAUUCCGGACGUUAGUGCCGCGGCAGCGGCAGCCAUUGUUAUGGGGGAUGUGGGUCGUACUGGCAUUGGCGGCGGCGGCGGCGGCGACGGUUGCGUGCCCAGCCGCAGCGACAUGCUUAAAGAAGCCCAAGCGGAAGAGGAGGCGGCGGCGGCGGCGGCGGCGGCGGAGGAGGAGGAGGUAGAAAUGGCAGCACCAGCGCGGAAAUCCGAGCUCGUCUUGGGAGACAUUGACCGCGGCCGCCGCCUUGGCCUUCACUGCGGUGAGGGCGCCGACGGCAACGGGCGGCGGGAGGAGAAAGAAGUCGUCGGCUCCAGGCUGGAUCGCCAGGUUGCAGACAUCUGGAAGCCGCAGGAAUUACCUCAACACCUGGAACCGUCGCCGCCGUCGGAGCAUCGUUUAGGCCGCCACCGGGAGGACGAGCAAGCCCCCCGCUACGUCAGCGGCAUCAGUGCCGCCAGCGGCGCGGCCUCGGCGGAGCACGGAGCGGGGUCCCCCCGCUUCCUCGGGUUCGCGGUGCUGCCGCACGUCCGCCAUUCGCCGACGUUGCUACAGCGCCAGCAGGAGAGGAAGUCCGCGGCGCGGCAGGGGCAACGCCAGCCGCCGUACAGCCCCCUGUAUGGCGCCCGCCACACUCCGCGGCAUUAUCCGCGGGCUGUACCACCAAAGGACGAGGAGCGUAGGUUUCAGAGCCCUCCCCCGAGCAGGACCGACCCUCCGGAACCACGGCCGUCGUCGUCGUACCGUGGCCAAUGGUUACGGAGUCAGACCAUGCCGCAGCGGAUGUCGCGGGAGUCGUCACCGCCGCCGCCGCCGCCGCCGCCGCCGCCGUUGCCGUCACCGGCGGAGGCGACGUGGGGGCUAUGGCAGGAGCCACCCGGCAGCCGCAGUGGCGGCAAUGGCGGCCAUGGAGACGUCGGCGGCCAUCGCCGAUGGCAUCAUGAUCGGGAAGGGCGAGGGGGGAAGAUCCGGGAGGACGAUCUGGGGCUCCGGGACCAGGCGAUUCGGGAUCGCAAGAUCCCGGAGAACGGGAUCCGGAUGGAUCCAACUGUUCAAAAUCAGGAGCUCGACGGCCGGGAUACACGCAAAACCCGGAAUUAUCGGGAUCAAGAGACCCGGGAAGUACGGCAAGUACGGCAUUGGCGUUCAGAGGCACGACAGGAGCACCAAGACGCCAUGAUGGCCGGCCGAAAUCAGCUGGGGGGAUCGGGACCGGGGCGACCUGGAUUGGGACGGGAGGCGACGGCCGAUGACCAUGAUCUGGAUCGAGACGGGGGUUACCACGGAGAGUCCCGACGUGACACAGACAGGGGCAGGGAGGCCGCUGGCACGGUACGAGGGCUGGGCGGCAGCCUUGAUUGGGCGCCGUACGAGCGGCGGUAUGGCGGCUGGCGGGAGAGGGAGCGGGAGCAGCUGCCCGUCGGCUCGCCCCCAGGUGAAUGGGUGAUGGCGGGGAGGGCGGCGUCGCCGGCGCGUGGUGAUGGUGAUGGUGGUGGCGGCGGCGGCGGAGGCCGAGGCGAUGGCGACGGCCGCGGCGAUGGCGACGGCGACGGCAGGGGCGCUGCAGGAGUGUCGUACCAGCUUGACAGGGUCGUGGGGCGGCAGGAGGGACUCACGGCGGUGGAAGGGCAAGGAGGCGAAGAGGCAAGGGGUCUGCCGGGACAUGGGUACGGCAGCGGCAGCGGCGGUGGCGAAGUGGAGGGUUACGGUGCGCCAAGUAGCUGCAAGCGCAGGCGAAGUGGCGACGGCGAUGGUGGCGGGAGGGUUGCAUUACCCCCCCCUGCACAGGAUCGCCGCCAGUCGCGUGAAGAGGCGUCGACUCCGCCCGCCCGCUACAGACUCCUUGAAGAGCCGGGCCACGGGGCCGGCAGUAGCGGCGCCGCAACCAUCGCCGUCACGGGGAGCGGCGGCCGCAGCGGCAGCGGCGGCGGCGGCAGCAGCGCUGAGCAUAUUGUUGAAGGGCACACCGGCCGCAAGCGAUCGCGGAGCAACAGCAGCGACGUGAUCGGCGGCCGUCGGCAGAUUGACGUACAGCACCAGCCGCCGCCGCUGGCCUCUGUGGUGGAAGAACUCCAAAGCCCGCAGUCCCGCUGGUUCCGUGUAUCAGCGCGGAUGUCCACGGCGGCUGGGCUUCAACACACCACUACAUCACGUCAUCGUGAUGACGUCAGCGCCUACGACAGGGAAGAGCCGUCGUACCGCAACGCCGCCGCUGAGCACGGCAGCAGGUCAGCGGCGGCGGCGCUCCCAACCCGCGGCGCCGCCAGCGCGGCGGCGGAAGAGCGUAGCGGCGAUGGCGGCCCUGGGCGGCAUCGCGGCGAGGAACGAUCCUUGGGUUGCGACAAGGGCCGGCAGCAGCGGACGGAGUACGGCGGCCACCGUCGGGGCCCCGCCGGCGGCGGCGGCGGUGAUGAGGGUCCAUUCCAGACAGAUGCCGUCGGCCCCGUGGGCAUCCGCAUCAACCAAGCAAUCCUGGGCGCCGGGACAAACUACAAAAACAUCCUGACGUUGGUCCGCGAGCGAGGUCCCCAGUUCGAGCCCGUCAACGUGGCGGCGGCGCUGCACCGCCUGGGCUCCUGCGGCUUAGCGCCCGGAAGUACGGCGGUACGACAGCUCAUGGCGGAUCCGCAGUUCAAAGAGCUGGAGCGGAUGGCAUCUGUUACUUUGGGGCAGUUCACACCACAACACGUGGGCAAUGCGCUGUGGGCAUUCGGCACGCUGGGUUACCACCCAGGAGAGCCUCUCCUGCAGGGCCUUACGACCCGGCUGCUGGAGGUGCUUCCGGAGGCCCUCCCGCAAAACAUUUCCAACGGCCUGCUGGGGCUUGCCAAAUUAGGAUGGAGCCCGGGGCCCCACGUGCUGGACCAGCUGGCCCGCGGGUCGGUGGGCAAGGUACCCGAGUUCAAUGCGCAGGCUUUGGUCAACACCCUGUGGGCAAUGGCUCAUCUGAAUUAUGUGCACGAGGGGCUGCAGACCGCAAUGUUCGAACAGGCUCUAAAGCGAAUACUCGAGUUCAACCCCCAGAACGUGGCCAACUUCGUGUGGGCUGCCGCGACCCUUGGACUGGGAAGCAGCGCAGGCGGCGGAGGCGGAGGCGGUGGUGGAGGGUGCCAGCAGGGCCUUAUGCCCCAGCGCCUCCUUCGCAAGUGCUGCGAGCAGGCGCUCGCCACUCUGCAGGUGUGUCGUCACCUCUCCACUCGGGCCCUGCUGGCAAGCUACACCUGGCAGCAUGUGGCCAAUACGGUGUGGGCACUGGCAACAUUGGGGCAUCAGGACGCUACGGCGCUGGCGGAGGUGGAACGGGAGGUGGCGGACAGGCUGGCGGCGGCGGCAGCGGCUGCACGUGAUGGCGCCGCCGCCGCCGCCCCGGCAGCGGCCAGCGGCCAGUCCGCGGAGUCGGCGACUGUUAGCCCUACUGGACCCCAGGAGUCAUCUCCCAGUCCCCAGACCCCAGACAAUCGUGUGUGGGCUCUUCGUCCCCAGCACAUCGCGAACUUGCUGUGGGCGUACGGCACCCUGGAGCAGCCGGCGCCCGUACUUUUCUCGGCCCUGUUGCCAACCCUGUUGCGUCGCGUGGCGGAAUUCAGCGAACAAGAGCUUAGCAACAGCGUUUGGGCAGCGGCGCGGCUGGCGUUGUACGACAAACGGCUGAUGGACGUCAUCGGCGACCAGAUUUGCUCGUCGCGGCUUCCGUCCCUUUUGCCCCAGCACGUGGCCAACGUUGCCUGGGCAUACGGCAGGCUGACACAUGCACAUCGGCCGCUGUUCGACGGCCUUGUCGCGCGUGCGGUGUCGUACAUGGCGGCGUCCGGCGGCUCGGCGGCUGCCACCAUUUCCCUGACUUGGCAAAACCUAACCAACAUCUGCUGCGCCGCCGGCGUUUUCGGUUGGCGUUAUCCCGAGCUCCUCGAAGCGACGGAGCGAAGGCUGGCGGCGGUGUACCGCGCCGCCACCACCGCGCCGGACGGUCGCGGCUUCCAUUUCCCACAGCAGCCCCAUCAGCAGCAUUUCCAGCUUUCCGCCCAGCAGGCUUGCAACCUGGCUUGGGGUCUAAGUCUGGUCGGGGGUUGCGGUGCCCUGCUGUGGAGUGAGCUUAUGGUCGUUCUGGAGGCGGUUGUGGAGGCGCAGGGGGGCAUUGAGGAGCUGCCCGCGGAGGCCCUCACUCAAGUCUACCAGGCGUAUCUGUACAUCCAGUUGGACCACCCUGGAGUGUUCCUGUCGCCGGGGCCCCCGGGGCUGCUGCACCGCGGGGAGGCUGUGUGGAGGUCAAACAGCGCGCAGAGGUCCCAGGUGUCGGGCUUCCAAAGGGAGGUGUCGAGAGCGCUCUGCAGGAUGGGGUUACCACACCGGGUUGAGAUGCUCACUGACGACGGAUUGUUCUCAAUCGACCUGGCCGUGGAAGUGGUGAUGAUGGUGGAGGUGGAGAACGAGGAGGACGAGGACAACAGACUCGAUGUAGGGGAGGGGUUACGGGAGGAGCGUCAGGAACCCGGAAGGGGGCAUCCGGAGCAGAAGGAAGACGACCAGGAAGAGGGGGGAAAAGAGGAGAGGAGACAGCAGAAGCGCCAGAGGCUGGAGCGAGAGCAGCAGGAGCAACCGGAGGGAGAGGGUGGUGGCAUUGAUGGUGGUAUUACUGGUGGCGCGGCAGGACGCCGCGACCUCACCAGCUGUGCGCGCCGCAGUGGCGCGACAGUCGCCGCCACCGACGCACCAAGCUCUGCUGAUGCCACUGCCACCGCCAACACCUCCCGACCGCCUUCGCUCUCAAGAGAGCCCGAGACCGCUACCGCGGCUUCAGCUCCCAUCGUUAGUGAUAUCGCCGAGGUCAGCGCCACCAGGAACAGAACCACCACUGUUGCUGCCACUGAAGCGCCCUGGCUGUCCCAGUCGAUUUCCUCGGGGCCGCAUCCCAAACAACAGCAUGCCGACGCGUUGGCGCCGUCGCGGCCCCCGAGUACGACACCGUCCUCGCCACCGCCACAACGACGAUGUGGCCUUACUACCAAGCUGCUCCGCGUGGCGGUGGAAGUGGACGGCCCGGCGCACUUCACGGCCAAUACCAAACAGCCAUUGAGUAUGACGACCUAUCGGCGACGCUGCCUUGAGGCGCGUGGCUGGGUGGUGGUGAGCGUGCCGCACUGGCGCUGGUUCGAAUUCCGAUCGGGGCAACCGGAGCGAGAUGUACUUCUAGCCGAGAUUAUGCACGAGGCUGGGCUGGGUGAUAUGCUGAAGAAGGCGGCGGCUGGGGAGGCGGGAGGACCAGGGCCAAGAAGCAUAAGCAAGGCCAGGGAUUCGGAAGCAUAUCAACAGCACGAGUACAUUUUCGUCCGGAGCACCAACAGCCAGGGUUACACAUUCCAUAAUGAUAACUGCGCAAUUAUCAAUGGUCCGGUACUGCUACCUAGAUGCAAGAACGCGCAUACGGAGUUCAGCCACACCCAGUUCCUGCCCCUGUCAGCACCAUGAGCCCGAAAGCACAAGCAUGUGAGGGGUGUGGCGGAGACACGCACAAUAUUGGUUUUAACAGCUACGUUCCUAACAAUGCUUGCUGCGGGGCAACGACUGGUCCUCCUCAAAAUUGGUAAAUGGUAAACGAAGGCGCCUGUCACAUUAAAACACGGUUCGAGAAGCAUCCCUCACGCGGUGACCAAGGUUCUAAUGAGCAAGCCCAGGGCCAAUGGAGAGGCCAAGGCGCAUUGAACGCUGCCAUUCUUUUAACACUGGGUAGCAGAGCUGAGUUGGCCAACACCUCAAGGAGACGCACGUUGGCGGGCCCAGGUACGCCGUCCAGCAAUAAUCAACUCCAUUCUCCAGCCCCUUCUCCUCGCCCCUAAGCCUGGCACAAACAUGCACUACAGGCGACGAGCUGUUAAAACGCCGUUUUAAAUAAACGCCGUUUUAUGCCGCAACCUUUUCCCCAUCCCCGACGCCGUAUCCCCCCUAACCCAUACACAAGCAAGCACCCACAAAGCAGAUGCAAGCUCAACGCAAAUGCUCUAGCCGCGCCACCCUCCCUUACAGGGACCUUCAUUUCA